GUUUGCCGCUCGCCAAGAACAGGAAAGAAGAGGCUGAUUCUUCCGCUCACUUUCAGAUGGGAACGACACGAAGCUGAACUUAGCUAAUCCGGUUUUCUCCGCUUUUCUUGAGUUUUGGUCGAAAAUCUGUGGUUGUCAAUUGUGUAAGUUCUGUCGUCGGUUAGGCAGUUAUCUUGUGGUGUUCGUUAUAAAGACCACAGUCUCAUCGCUGGAGCAAGAGGCCUAGCUGGCUACAUCGCUAAUGCUACCUAUGCUCGACAUUUUGCUGGGCUUUGUUUGGACAGUGAAUACAGUGUUCGCCACCGAAUUGCGUGAGAAAAUUAAAAAUUGUUUAGACGGUUACGGUAGUCUCAAAUUGUAUGUUAUUUGUCAUUAUAGUUGCGGUUGGGUGGUGACGUAUCGGUGAUAUUAAUGGCGACAAGUUGGCGAAGUGUGUGGAGUAUGGUGUAUUUGGUUAGCUAAGCUGGAGUGAUACUGUUCUUCAGUGAAUUUUGUCAAGCCCGAUGGAUUUAACAACGUGGAUGGACAACCUGGGCGCCUUAGUAAAGUGUCACUCGCUUAUCGGGUAUUGCUUGAUUUUCCAAGUGACAAGUGUCGUGUGCUGUUGUUUGUGCCUAAGCAUGGCAGUCGUCAUCCGUUUACAGGGACUGAGAGUCACAGCAGGUUCUCAGGAUAUUCGCAAGUUCUUCACUGGCCUCAAAAUUCCAGAUGGAGGGGUGCAUAUAAUUGGUGGUGAGCGAGAGGAAGCUUUCAUUAUCUUUGCUUCAGAUGAAGAUGCAAGAAGAGCCAUGACACGAUCAGGAGGUUGCAUUAAGGAUUCACCUGUAACAUUACUACUCAGUAGUAAAACAGAGAUGCAAACCAUGCUUGAAAGAAGUACAAAAAGUGUCGAGUUGGAUCAACGGAGGCGAUUUGAGGAGAAUUCAAGACAUGCUAGAAGAUCUGUGGACCCUGAGGUGGACAGAAGGUCAGGUAGCAGAUUGGGUCAUACUCCUCCCCCCCAACAUCACAGGGCUUCAUGCAGAAAUGAUGACUUCUUGUGUGUGUUUCUCAAAGGAAUGCCUUUCUCUGUGACUGAAAAGGAGGUACGUGAUUUUUUCAGUGGUUUACUUGUUGAUGAAGUAAUCUUAUUGAAAAAUGGACGUGGCGCAAACAAUGGGACAGGUCUUGUCAAAUUUGCAACAAGAGAGGAUGCAAAUGAAGGCCUGAAGAGGGAUAGGAGAUACAUUGGGUCAAGGUAUGUUGAGGUCUCCAUGACAACAGUUGACGAUUGGCGUCGGGCUGCUGGUAGAGAACCAAUGGUUGUCAACAGGGUCAACAACUUUGAAAGGGAUAGAUCACCUAUUCGUAAUCAGAGGAAUCCACAACAUCAUGUGAGGUCACAAUCACCUUUGACCCUGAGGCCCAUUGCUCCUUCUGAUGAAGAGUACUGUGUUUUGUUGGACAAUCUAUCCUAUGCAGCUGAAAAACAAGACAUAAAAAAGCUGUUUCAUAACACAAAGCUUGAGGAUGACCAGAUCCUGUACUUGAUGGGCAGUGAUGGGAGAAGAACUAGAUCUGCAUUUGUGCUUUUCAAGAAUCAGCGUGACUACUGUGAUGCCUUAACUCAUGAAGAAAGACCAUUUUUCAAUCGAUUGGUUUAUACUCGUCCAAUCUCAAGAGAGAGCAUGCUCACUCUUCUGGAGUCUCAGUGCGUGGAUGACCCACCUGCUGGAAACUCUGAACGGCUUCAGGAGAGGUCUCCAUCUUACUCCAGUGAUCCUUAUGACUCAGAGAAAGUGUGUCUCUUUGUGCGGAACCUGCCAUUUGAUGUACGGAAAGUUGAGAUCAUGGACUUCUUCCAUGGGUUUAAUAUCACAGAGGACAAGGUUUUCUUGCUGCUCGACCAUAAAGGUGCUGGAGUGGGGAAGGCUUUGGUUCUCUUCCGGUCUGAGGCAGAGGCUAUGAAGGCACUCUCUCUCAACGGACGACGGUUUCUUGGGUCAGAAGUCAUACUGAAAUGCAUUUCAUGUUCUCAGAUGCAGCAGUUGGGUGUUGAGCCACCAAUAGUGCAAGAGCCGGUUGAGCAAGAGCCACUGCCAAAAGGGGAGUGGUAUUCAGGCAGGAGCAGUGAGGCAUCCUAUCGCCCUGGUGACACUGAGUAUCCUGACUUUAGGCUGCCUCAUGAUGGUAAUAUACCAAUGACUAAUGUACAGGCUCAAGGCCAUGGUCGCUGUGAUUAUGAACCUUAUGCAGUGGGCCCUUGUGCUCCACAUGACAGGGGUAAUGGUGUUCGUGGUGACUUUGGCCCCUCAUCGCAGCAUUUUGACGGUCCCACCUGUGUGAAGUUGGUCAACUUACCAUUUCAAAUCAGAAGUGAAGAAAUUUAUGAUUUUUGCUAUGGAUAUCGCAUUAUACCUGGAUCUGUCUCACAGCAGUAUGACCAGAGUGGAAAACCUAAAGGCUCUGCAACAGUGGUAUUUGAGUCCCGUCAAGAGGCCUUAACAGCAGUAAACGAACUGAGUGGAAGACCAAUAGGUCCAAGAAAAAUAAAGCUACUAUUUGUCUGAAAGUGACAUUGUUUUUCCUGACAGUAACAUGCCUUAGCAGGGUGUUUUAGACAUAUACACAAUGUUGAUUUAAACAAAGUUGAUUUGAGGGAAGCAGUUGCCUUUUCUUCCUCUUUUUGAUUAAUGUGGGUUCAUUGAACACAUUGAAUUUAGUUGUUUUGUUUUUUUUCCCAGAUCAGGCGGUAUAGUCAGUUGAUUAAAUAUGAGCUUUGUUAUACAGUGCUCAACUUUAAGUGAAAAUGUUUUUUUUGAUUGAAAUAUUUUGUUAAAUUUAUCUUACAAUAGUGUUGAAAAACAUGCAGAUUUCAUUGUACUAUUUGUGGUUAUUGUACAAAGUGUAUUUUUUAUGAAAACAUAUCUUAUUGUCACUUUUGUUUUACAGAUCUGUCACUUACACUGAAAUUAUGUUUUGCUUGCUUACAUAAAAGUGUAGGUUAAUCACCAAUUAAAAGAAAUCUGUUUAAGUUCGGUGAGAUACCCUGAAAUUGUUUUCUGUGUUCAUGAUUGAGUAUUAGAUUGGGAUAUGCAGUAUUUGCCUUUUAUAAAAAUCCAUCAGUCUAAGAGUGAAACCUUUGAAUAAUAAUGAUGAAGGAUAAUAAUAAUAAUAAUGAAGAAUCUUUAAUGUGCAUUUUAAAUAUUGCCUUUUCUUUUGGAACAAACAAACUAACGUCAGCAACAGGUGGAGCAUCCUCUUGAUUACUGAUGAGAGAUAAACAGUGAAAGCUGCGGUGAUGCCAGAACAUACAUUAUGCCUCUUCUUUGGGUGUAGAGCAGAGAUUGAAAAAGAAGUCAUAAACAAAAUUUAACAUGAAAAUUUCCAGUAUUUUAGUUAAUGGUGUGCCAUUUUAAUUUCACUUUUGAAUAUUUUAGCAGCACCUGAAAGAUUUUAGUGCUUGGAUUUAAAUAGAAAAGUUGCAGAAUUCAACUGCGGGACCUCAGUGCUGUUGUAGAGCUAUAUGUAUCAUUAUAAUCAUUUUCAUGAAUUCUUGCUGGUUAUUGUAAAGGAAAAUUUUCUGUUCAGAAUAAAGGGAAUCAAAUGAG